GCGAAGGAUAGGGGUAGCAACUUCAAGUAUCCUAGAUUUAUGUCGCAAGUGACGGGCUGAAAGAUUGACUCGAUAAGAUGCAGAGGUUUCUGCUUAGCGGAUGCUCCAGGACAGUACACCCAAGGUCCAAAAACUUUUUGGCCCGUUGCAUUACGAGUGCUUCAAAUUCGACUACCGCCGCGGGCAUCACUCAGAGUCCAAAAUCUGUGAUAGAUCGACGUUAUGAAAGCACGCAGCCAACUAUGCAGAACUUUUCACAAAGUGACUUUCAAGAGUUAAAUAUACCAGGGAGCGCAUCUUUCCCGUUUGCCACUGAGAAAAUUGGGAGUUUUUUCCAAGCACAACCCAUUUUGGGUAACCAGUAUCUAGAAGAUGUCACAAUUCAGGCAUAUCUGAAGCGCCAUGUCCCACCAGAGAUUUUGUCCACCAUAGAUUCUGACCUGAAAAGGUUUGGUCAGCGUGUGACGGAAGACAUUUAUCAGUACCACCUUGAGUGUGACCGCGACCUGCCGAGACUAGAGAGGACCGAUGCCUGGGGGAACAGGGUAGAUAGGAUAAUCACGUGUACAGGCUGGAAGAUGAUGCACGACAUCGCAGCAGAGGAGGGGCUAGUGGCCAUACCCUACGAGAGAAACCAGGCAGAGUGGAGUCGACUGUAUGCUGCUGUGAAGUUUUAUCUGUAUUUACCAUCCUCGGGUCUCUACAGCUGCCCUUUGGCCAUGACAGAUGGAGCUGCCAAAAUCAUAGAAAGCUUGGGUCGACCAUCAGAGCUUGAGGUGGCUUAUCGUCGGCUGACCUCUCGCAACCCCAGGGAAUUUUGGACAUCGGGUCAGUGGAUGACAGAGAGACGUGGAGGUUCUGAUGUCGCCCGUGGGACAGAGACAUUAGCCCAGCCUCAGCCAGACGGCACGUUCAAACUAUACGGCUACAAGUGGUUCUCCUCAGCCACAGAUUCUGACAUGACCUUCACCUUGGCAAGGGUCAUGGACGCAGAUGGACAGGUCACACAGGGCACAGGUGGUUUGUCCCUGUUUUAUUUGGAGACCCGAUUGGCAGAUGGCAAACUGAACAACAUCCGCGUACAGAAACUGAAGAACAAGCUGGGAACGAGACAAGUGCCAACUGCAGAGCUCUUACUGGAUGGUGUAGUUGCUCAUAAGGUGUCAGAGCAUGGUCGUGGAGUGGCAGGGAUUGCCAACAUGCUGACGCUCACAAGAAUACACAACAGUCUCUGUGCUGCUGCCUCCAUGAGAAGAAUGGUGAACUUCUCCAGGGAUUACGCCACAAGGAGACAGGCAUUUGGGAAAAUUAUUAAAGACUACCCUUUACAUGUUCAGAACCUGGCCAGAAUGGAGGUAGAAACAAGGGCCGCAACUCUGUUUGUUCUGGAGGUAUCUCGACUUCUCGGUCGUGAGGACAUGAACGUGGCCACAGAUCACGAGAAGACGAUGUUACGUCUGCUGACACCCUUAGUCAAACUGUACACAGGGAAACAGGCCAUGUCUGUGUUGUCAGAAGGGUUGGAGUCUUUCGGAGGUCAAGGAUACAUCGAGGACACAGGUUUACCUGUUUUACUGAGAGAUGGCCAGGUGCUGUCUAUUUGGGAGGGAACUACAAACAUCUUGUCUCUGGAUGUGCUCAGAGCCAUCAUGAAGUCAGGAGGAGACACAUUACAACAGUUCGGAAUCAGCAUAGACCAUAAACUGGCAGGGUCUGGAGGAAAUCAGGACCUGGCAGAUAGUAGUGCUCGUAUCAAGCAGGCCUCCGGAGACAUUCUGAAGUUUGCCCAGACUCAACAGGACAGCAUGGAAAUGGCUGCCAGAGACUUUGCCUAUAGUCUCUCAAGGACUUAUAUGGGUGCUUUACUGAUAGAGCAUGCCAGUUGGUACGGAGCUACCCCUCAGGAUGUCUUCACGGCCAAGCAAUGGUGCCAGCAGGACUUGGCUCCUGUCCUAACUGGAGUAAGGGGAGAUAACUACAGCGAGGCUACUGCACAAGCUAACUUGGCUCUUGUCUUUGAUGGUUACCACCAACCGAGCAGACUUUGAUCUUUCCUCAGCAGAUUACAGUGGAGUAAUAUACAGGAGUAUAGUACCAAAUAUGAACACAUGGAUUAAAGUAUGGAUUAAGGGGCUAAAGAUCAACAGAUUGAUUGAUGGAUAUAGUGUUUAUACUUACAAAGUGACUUAUCACUUGUUUAGUCAUCUGCAAAUGUACUUGGGAACGGUCUGCGUACCAUUUGUACAAAUGACUGGUACAUUUUGCUGGUGGUGUUUUACUGUAGUUGGUAAUGACAUGGUGUACAGCUCAGUGCUACAUGCUGUUGACAAUUAAUAAAUAUAUCUAGGUAUUCAUGUACUAAUGUAAAUAAAGCAGGUGUUUUUAUGGCUUUGACGUGAAAAAGAACAUGUUGGUUACACCUGUAAAUCUGAUAAUCAACAUUUGCUCAGGGAUAACCACUUUAACUUCAGGUAUGAAUGUGCCCUAAUUCUUCUCAUUUUUGGGGCAGAUUAGGGAUAUUAGUAGUGCUGAAAGCAAAGAAUUACAUUUGUCUUAGUUUUUGUGAGAAGUAAAGAUACGAAUAUGUUCUUUAUUAGACUGACAGACCUUGUGAAAAAAAAAUGAAACUAAAUAAUUGCCCUACAAUUGCAUAUAUGUUGGGUAAAAAGAUCAGGUGUCCCAAAAAUUAGAAGAAUUUGGUUUAUUGUCUGUGUUAUGUAUAUAUAGGAUUCAUACCGUGAAGGAGCAUGUAUGUCAUUACAUCUUAAUUUGAGGUAAAAAAAAAUCAUUGUAUUUUUGAUGUAUAGUUGCCUGAUUAAGAAUGAACGGCUUUUUUUAAUAAGUGUGUUCACAUCUAUACUGUGCGUAUUUGUGUAAGUUUUACCUUGAUAAAAACAAAAUAAAGAUAAUGCAAUGUUGUGCUCUGUCCUGAUGAUGGAAAACAUCAUGAUAAUCUUAUAUUCUGAAAGCAGCAUUGGUUCUCACAUAUAUAUGUAUAUAAAGGAUUCAGUUGACAAAGCUGUCGUAAUGUCAUGUUAAAUGCAUUUAUACCAAGGUGACCGUAGUGCUGAUGGGUACAACAGACCUAGGUUCGUUAUCAUGGUUACCAUGCCCUUUUGCUUUGUCAUUGUGAUUGAUCACUCGUGCUGUAUACCCCGAUGACAAGAUCAGCUCAACUCAAAUUACCCUUAACGACCUAAAAUUUCGCCCAAAAAGUACAUUUUUACAGGCAAAUAAAUGUCACAAAAGAAUACUUCUGGUGCUGAAAGCUACAAUUUCCCAGUAGAAUACCAUCUCUUGUUACAAGCAAACCCCAAAACACCUUUCUGAAAUCAAAAUUCUCAGAAACAGGAUAAAAUGGGCUGCUUAGUCAUGGAUGACAUUUAUGGUCAGGGUAAAUUUGUCUUGAGCAGGUCUGCAGAGCGGGCCCCAGUUUCAGAAAACAAACUUCUGCUUGAUAAGCUCUUCAAUGUAUAUUGUCAAAAUAGAACUUCAGAACUAGUAAGUUGCAUGAUCAUAAUUGAAAAAAAUUAGGUUUUGUUACAUAAAUCUCAUCAAUCUGUUAUAAACAGCUUACCUUGUACUAACUGUGAUCAAGCAUGUUCCGCUGUAGUAUGAUAUGUGUAUUGGCCUAGGUUUUUUCCAAGAGUAAAUUGUACACGUAUUCAGGGUCUAUGCGUGAACUCUAUUUUUAAAAAAGAUACAGGAUCAGAUGUAGGGCGUAUGUACAGCCUAAUGUCGCACAAUGAUGAAAAUAUGCUUGUAAAAUUAGUCUUGUGUCUCUGAGAGUCUCAAAUCCAGGCAUGUCUUGCCGCUCUACCGAAGCGUGCGCAGUUUCAGCUACGUGCAUAACACAGCCCAGCGGAAACCCACAUCUCGAUACAGCCCUAUGUCUUCUUUAUGUUAUUGGUAAUUAUAUAUUCACGAAAGAGUAACGAGUUCACGAGUAAAAAGAAAGUAUAAA